CUGUGGGGUGCCCUUUUGAUGGUGGGUCUGGCUUAGGGGUGCUGUGGGGUGCCCCAUUGAUGGGUUAGGGGUGCUGUGGGGUGCCCUUUUGAUGGUGGGUCUGGUUUAGGGGUGCUGUGGGGUGCCCUUUGAUGUGGGGGGAUUGGUUUGGGGGUCCCACCAUGGGGUUCCCUUUGCUGGGGGGUCUGCUUUAGGGUGCUGUGGGGUGCCCUUUUGGUGACAGGUCUGGUUUAGGGGUGCUGUGGGGUGCCCCAUUGAUGGGUUAGGGGUGCUGUGGGGUGCCCUUUUGGUGAUGGGUCUGCUUUAGGGUGCUGUGGGGUGCCCUUUUGAUGGUGGGUCUGGCUUAGGGGUGCUGUGGGGUGCCCCAUUAAUGGGUUAGGGGUGCUGUGGGGUGCCCUUUUGAUGGUGGGUCUGGUUUAGGGGUGCUGUGGGGUGCCCCAUUGAUGGGUUAGGGGUGCUGUGGGCUGCCCUUUUGGUGACGUGUCUGCUUUAGGGGUGCCAUGGCUUGCCCCACUGAUACCCCCUAGUGUUCUGCGUCCCACCACUGGGUGCAGCCCCAGGUCCCCCCUUUCCCAUAUCCUCUCCCCUUGGGCUCCCCCUUUCCCCAUCGGCGGUGCCCCACAUCCCCCCCCCUUUUCCCUGGUGUAACUCGCGUGUGGCCGUGGGGCAGCGCCGUGGGGCAGCCCCGCAGCAUGCACAGCCUGGUGUUCCUGUGCGCCCGCCGCCUGCUGGGCCACGCGCCGGGCGCCCGCCGCGCGCUGCCCGUGCUGCCCGCCGAGCUCUACCCCGUGCUCUUCCGAGCCGCCUUCCUGGACGGGCGCGCGCUGGCGCUGCGGGACCUGGUGGGCGCCUGGCCCUUCCCCCUGCUCAGCCUCCCGUGCCUGCUGGGCCGCUGCGGCCACGCGCCCCACCGCGCCCAGCCCGCGCCCCACGGCGCCCGCCACGCGCCCCACGGCGCCCACCGGCCCAGCAAGCUCUGCGUCCAGGCCGUCAUCUCCGCCGUGGUGGCCCAGCUCCGGCAGGCGCUGGAGGAGCCGCAGCAGCCCGGCAGCGACAGGCAGUGCCACCUGCGGGUGUUGGACAUGACGGGUCUCCAGGACGACGACACGGACCGCGGUCCGGAAGGGAUGAGCCUGUGGUCCGGCACUGUGGCGGUGGCCAAAGCUUGCCUGGAGGUGGCCAAACACCAAAGCGACCUCCAGAAACGCAAUUCCAAGCGGCGCAAAGGUCCUUCGGGAACCUCGUCCGCGCCCCAACCCGUCGGCGUGGAGAUCCGCGCCGACCUCUUCGUCAACAGCACGUCCUACGGCGUCCUCCGAGACGCUCUGCAGGCCACCGGCAGCCCCAUGCGCCUGCGGUGCCGGGAUUUCCACGCCGAGGAGCUGCCGGUGGCCGGGAUCGUGGCGCUGCUGGAAUGCCUGGCGCCGGGCGGCGUGCGGCGCGUGGACCUGCGCUUCAACAACCUGGGGCUGGCGGGGCUCUGCCUGGUGGUGCCGCAGCUCAGCCGCUUCCCCGACCUGCUCAGCCUCAAGCUGCCCUACAGCAACGUGGACGUGCGGCGCCACGCGGCCGGCGCCGACGCCGGCUUCCGGCGCCUCGCCACGCACCUCGGGAAGCUCCGCUCGCUCCGGGAGCUCAACCUGGGAUCGUCCAGGCUCUCCGGGAAGCUCAGGCAGCUGCUGAGGAACCUGGAGGCUCCUCUGGAGAGCCUGGAGCUGGCCUUCUGCUACCUGCUGCCCGGGGACCUCGCCUUCCUCUCCCAAAGCCUCCACGCUCCAGCCCUCAAGAAGCUGGAUUUGAGCGGCCACCACCUCACCGAGAGCCUUCUCCAGCCUCUGCGCUGCCUCCUGGAGAACUGCUCCUCCCUCAUCCACCUGGAUCUCAUGGAAUGCCAACUCACCGACUCCCGCUUGGAAGCUCUUCUCCCUUCUCUUUGCCGCUGCUCCCGGCUCCGAUGCUUGGGCCUUUUUGGCAACCCUCUGUCCACGCCGGGCCUCAAGACCUUGUUGCGCCAAACCUCCGUCCUCCAGGACCUCUGCCUCGUGGUCUACCCCUACCCCGUGGACUGCUACAGCCGGGAGACGCCGCGGCCGCCGUCGGCCUCCGCCGGGAUCUUCGAGGACACGUUGGAUGAGGAGCGCUUCACCGCGGUCAGCGCCGAGCUCUGCCGCAUGCUGGUGAGCUCCGGCAGGGACAACGCCGUGUGGACGGCCAGCCUCUGCCGCCACGGCACCCUCGACUACUUCACCCUGUGAGCCCGCAGCUUCGGCCCCCCCCCCAAAAUUGGGCUCUUUCUCCUCGUUAUGGAGCUUUUCGGGGGGGGGGGGGGUGCAUCUCCCUCGUUUCGGUGCCACUUGGGUGCACCUUCUCCGCGUUAUCUCCUCGGUUUGGAGCUUUGUUGGCAUCUCCGCGGGGUUUUCUCCUCGGUUUGGAACCUUUGUUGGCAUCUCCCUCAGCUUUUCCCCUCGUUUUGGAACCUUUGUUGGCAUCUCCCUCAGCUUUUCCCCUCGUUUUGGAGCUCUUUGGGCACCUUCUCCCUGUUUUCCCCUUGUUUGGUGCCUCUUUGACACCUUCUCCCAAGGUUUUCUCCACGUUUUGGUGUUUUUUGGCAUCUCCCUGAGGUUUCUCCUUGUUUUGGUGCCACUUUGGCACCUUCUUACUGAGAUUUUCUCCACGUUUUGGAGCUUUUUGGGCAUCUACCCGAGGUUUCUCCUGGUUUUGGUGGGUUCUGGCAUCUCCCUGAGGUUCCUCCUCAUUUUGGUGCCACUUUUGACACCUUCUCCCAAGGUUUUCUCCACAUUUUGGAGCUUUUUUGGCAUCUCCGUGAGGUUUUCUCCUUGUUUUGGUGUUUUUUGGCAUCUCCCUGAGGUUCCUCCUUGUUUCGGUGCCACUUGGGCACCUUCUCCAGGUUUUCUCCUUGUUUUGGAACCUUUUUUGGCAUCUCCCUGAGCUUUUCCCCUCGUUUUGGAGCUCUUUGGGCACCUUCUCCUUCAGGUUUUCCCUUGUUUUGGUGCCACUUUGGCACCUUCUCCCUGUUUUCCCCUUGUUUGGUGCCGCUUUGACACCUUCUCCCAGGGUUUUCUCCUUGUUUUGGUGUUUUUUGGCAUCUCCCUGAGGUUCCUCCUUCUUUUGGUGCCUCUUUGACACCUUCUCCCAAGGUUUUCUCCACAUUUUGGAGCUUUUUGGGCAUCUCCCUGAGGUUUUCUCCUUGUUUUGGAGCUUUUUUGGCAUCUCCCUGAGGUUCCUCCUUGUUUUGGUGCCACUUUGGCACCUUCUCCCUGAGGUUUUCUCCACGUUUUGGAGCUUUUUGGGCAUGUC